AUGCAGACUGCUUCUAAAAACAUUUGUGAAAGAAUGGGUCGCUCUCAGGAGCUCAGUGACUCCAAGCAUGGUACUGUGAUAGGUUGCCUCCUGUGCAAUACGUCCAUUCGUGACAUUUCCUGGCUACUAAAUAUUCCACGGUCAACUGUUAGCUGUAUUAUAACAAAGUGGAGGCAACUGGGAACAACAGCAACUCAGCCACCAAGUGAGUGGGGUCAGCGCAUGCUGAAGUGCACAGAAGUCACCAACUGUCUGGAAGUCUUUAGCUAUUGACUCUGCAAACUUCACGUGGCCUUCAGGUUAGCACAACAACAGUUCCCAGAGAGCUUCAUGGAAUGGAUUUCCAUGACU